AUGAAAAGUGUAUUUAGUGUAAAAAUGGAGGCUAGCAAUGAUUCUUUGUCUGUGUUGUCUCCGCCGAUGACGGGGUCUCCUGCUGUGCUGCUGACUCCUGGCCGGACGAGGAACAUCGCACAGGACAUGGAAGCCCUCAGACUGUCGCGACAAGACAAUCCUUACCUCCAGCAGGUAAUGGCCAGCAGAGAAAGUCUAAUUGAAAGCCACCAUGAAGAGUGUGAAUCAGACGACACUAUACUUAUGUCACAGGAAUUUGGAAGCACUGCCUUAGAUUUUAUAGAAGACGAUCCUUUAACCCUGAAGGAGGUCCACGAACAUAUGAUAAGGUCACCACCGCCAACUAGUUGCUGGCCGCACGAUACACUGUCGUAUCGUGCGUCGAGCGCUUUCGACUUUGCUGCGGACAGUCCUGUCUCUUACAGCGCUUACUCAGUCAAUUCCCAGGAAAAGGAACUGCUAGGCGGUAGGUCUCCACGUCGUAACACAAGAUGUGACGAAUCCCGGAAUAAUAAUAAUUCGAGUCGACCUCGAUCCUCCAGAUCGGCCUCUCCAAGGUCACAUGACCUCACCCUCUGUGGACGACCUCUAUCGUUACCAGGCGAGAGUCACCUUCGGAACGCGCUAAGCAAAAAGCAAGGGAGCAAUCAAAGCGAGAGAUUUUCCCUUCUGCAACACCCACGCCCUCUACGGAGACCUCACAAUCGACGAGACGAGGACAGUGUCCAACUUGUGCCAGACUGCGAUAAGUAA